AUGCGCUCCGCCGCGGUUCUGGCGCUUCUGCUGUGCGCCGGGCAAGUCUUUGCCCUUCCUGUGAACAGCCCCAUGACAAAAGGGGACACCAAGGUGAUGAAGUGUGUCCUGGAAGUCAUCUCCGACUCGCUGUCCAAACCCAGCCCCAUGCCUGUCAGCCCUGAGUGUCUGGAGACCCUCCAAGGAGAUGAGAGGAUCCUCUCCAUCCUGCGACACCAGAAUUUGCUGAAGGAACUUCAAGACCUGGCUCUCCAAGGUGCCAAGGAGCGGGCCCAGCAGCAGCCGAAGCAGCAGCAGCAGCAACAACACAGCAGCUUUGAGGAUGAGCUCUCAGAAGUGUUUGAGAACCAGAGCCCUGGAUCCAAGCAUGGAGGGUAGUCAGCAGAAGCCCCCUCCAGGGACACUGUGGAGAAGAGAAAGGACUCUGUCGAGGGCCAACAGGAUGGCUUUGAGGGAACCACAGAGGGACCCAGGCCUCAGGCCUUUCCAGAGCCCAAGCAGGAGUCCUCUAUGAUGGGAAACAGUCAGUCCCCAGGGGAGGACACAGCCACCAAUACCCAAUUGGCAACUAGCCUCCCCAGCCAGGAGCAUGUGGACCCACAGGCCACGGGAGACAUCGAGAGAGGCCUGAGUGCCCAGCAGCAAGCCAGAAAAGCCAAGCAAGAGGAAAAAGAGGAAGAGGGGGAGAAGGAGGAGAAGGCGGUGGCUGGAGAGAUGGCUGGGCCUGAAGAAGUCCCCGCUACAGCAUCCAGUCCCCACUUCCGUGAAGGCUACAAGGAGAUCCAGAAAGACGAUGGUCAGUUGGAGUCUCAGGCAGUGGAUGGAGAUGAAAAGACAGGGGCUUCUGAAACUCUGCCAUCUGAAGGGAAGGGGGAGCUGGAGCACUCUCAGCAGGAGGAAGACAGGGAAGAGGCGAUGGCAAGGGCCCCCCAAGGUCUCUUCCCAGGUGGGAAGGGCCAGGAGCUGGAACAUAAGCAGGAAGAGGAGGAGGAGGAAGAGGAGCGUCUGUCCAGAGAAUGGGAGGACAAGCGAUGGAGCAGGAUGGACCAGUUGGCCAAGGAGCUGACAGCAGAGAAGCGGCUGGAGGGGGAGGAUGACCCUGACCGCUCCAUGAAGCUCUCCUUCCGGGCCCGGACCUAUGGCUUCAGAGACCCUGGGCCUCAGCUACGCCAGGGCUGGAGGCCAUCUUCCAGAGAGGACAGUGUGGAGGCCCGAGGUGACUUUGAGGAAAAGAAGGAAGAAGAGGGCAGCGCCAACCGCAGAGCAGAGGACCAAGAGCUAGAGAGCCUAUCAGCCAUCGAGGCAGAGCUGGAGAAGGUGGCCCACCAGCUGCAGGCUUUGCGACGGGGAUGA